UGUAAAAUUGUCAUUAAAGAUACGCGUGCACACAUCUUUUUCACUAUAUUUAUCCACUUGAAAGUUAUGUAAAAAAUCCUCCUUGUUACGAUGAAAUAAUUAAUUAAACUUCAUUCGGAAAUAGUAUUACCUCAUGCAGACGUUCUUGAACGUAGGUGUCCAAUUUGCGAUGAGGUCUGCUGGCUCGCACAGCUGGACUACUGGUCGGAAAACGGCAAAGGGAAAGGCCCCACGGCGCAUUGUCCAGCGGAGAUCGAACUUAGUAGUAUCGGCGCCUAGUUGAUCGUCUUCGGUAAAGGAGACGAGGUACGAUUAUAGCCUGUCACCAGCGCGAGGUAAGUGCGCGCCAAUUUUCCUGCUUGUUAGCAUAAUGGGCUUCCACUUACCCCGAAAUGGAUCGGCCAUUCGAAUGCACUUAGGGCCGCGGCGGCGUAAGAAAAUCACGAGGUUCGGCAUGACGCAAAGUAAGGAGUACCGAUCGGUGAGUAUUACGCGGCUCUUUAUGAAGCUGGUCGGACUCUGGUACGUCCGGACACCGAGGGAACAGCUAAUCUUGCGCGCCGCGUUCGUCUAUGCCGUUUCUGCGAUCGCCUUCGCUAUUCUUGUCAUGGGGGUUGAUUUGUAUCACUGCUUAGGCGACUUUUACGCUGUCACAUCUAACUUAUGUGCAACUUUACUACUAGUAAUGAUACUAGUGAAGCUAGGUAGCUUCAUGUACUAUCGCGACAUGAUAAUGGAUAUAAUUCAUUUUGCUGAAGAGAAUUUUUGGAAUGUUAAUUACGACAAGGUUGGCACUCAAAUUCUGGAAAAAUAUGACAAACUAGGGAUGACUAUGGUUUAUACUUUUACAUUCAUCGUUUAUUUUGCUACUUUCAAUUACAUCUUUGCACCUUUUUUCGAAUCUCAGGAAACAAACGUAACGGAGAAGAUUCUACCCUUCAAACUGUGGAUCGAAUUUCCAUAUCAUUCACCAUAUUAUGAAAUUACUUACACAAUACAGUCACUUUCGACAUUACAUAGUGGUAUCUGUACUUGCUGCUUUGACAAUUUUGUGAGUACAUUUAACAUUCACGCGGCUGCUCAGCUAAAAAUCUUGGCUCAUAAAGUAGAAGUCAUCGUCGAGGAUUGCAUUGUGGAUAUAAUGGGCCAGAAAUGUCCGUUGGAAACGGAUGCUGCGGCACUGACGUUCAAAAAAUUGCAGGAGUGUGUGCAGCACCAUCUCACGCUCAUACGUUACGUGCGUAAGAUGCAACGCGCGUUCGCCAUUAUAUUACUCGGACAGUUGCUGCUCUCCAGUGUAGUCAUCUGCUUUGGUGGAUUUCAGUUCCUCGCGGCGGAUGUGGCCAUCAGAAAAUGUAUUUUUGCCUUCCAUCUCGUGGGCGGUCUUAUCCAGCUGCUUAUUUAUACGUGGACGUGUAACGAUAUAAUUGUACAAAGUGCGGCUAUCUCCGAUGCCGCUUACAAUUCCAAGUGGUAUCUUUUAUCAAACGACGGUCCAGGGAGAGCAGUGAGGAAAGGGUUAAUUAUGAUCAUGAUUAGAGCACGUCGACCGUGCAUGUUAACUGCUGGGCAUUUUGCGGUUAUGUCCUUGGAAACUUUUACAGGGAUAUUAAGUACUGCGAUGUCAUAUUUUACGUUAUUACGACAAAUGAGUGAAGAUAACGUAUAAUUAUAUAAUAUAGUUUUAUGGAGAGAAGAUUUCUAGUACUGAAAUAAAAAAAAUUUACCCUGAUACAUGAUAUUUGAUUCAAUGAGAUGUACGUAUAAUUGAAUUUUAAAUUCAAGAGGGAAUUGCUUUUGCAUUACUAGAAUUUUUUCCGUCGGUAAGUGAACUAUUAUAUUGAAUAUCUUCAUGAU